ACGAAGAAGUGCAGUUUUUGGGUGAAAAUUGUGGCCCUUUUGAACGGCACUGGAGUGGAAAAAAAAGAGUGCAACACUGAGGAUUAAAAGCCACUGUUGGAGGAUUUAAAUCCUGGAUAUUUGCGAGUGAAUUCAUGAAAGGACAGUGAUGGAGAAAUACGACGUCAUUUCGGUGGUCGGCGAGGGAAGUUAUGGUCUCGUCAUGCGAUGUCGACAUCGUGAAUCUGGUCAAUACGUGGCCAUUAAGAAGUUCUUGGAGACAGAGGACGAUCCCACGGUCAGGAAGAUGGCAAUGCGAGAAAUUAGAAUGCUAAAGAGAUUGCGUCAUGAAAAUCUGGUGAAUAUGAUCGAAGUGUUUCGGCGAAAGAAGAGAUUUUUCCUGGUCUUUGAGUAUCUGGAGCACACGGUUCUUGAAGAACUAGAAGCCAGAUCCGGUGGUCUAGGCUUCGUCACGGCACGCAAGUACAUUUACCAGGUUGUGAGAGCGCUAGACUUCAUUCACUCCAACGACGUGAUCCAUCGAGAUAUAAAGCCCGAGAAUGUUUUGGUGUCUCGCCUGGGAAUUGUGAAGCUGUGCGAUUUUGGCUUCGCCAGAACCUACGCAGAGAAUGAAACCUUCACGGAUUACGUGGCGACGCGAUGGUACAGAUCGCCUGAGUUGCUGGUUGGAGAUCCGAGAUAUGGGAAGGAGGUUGAUAUCUGGGCGACUGGCUGUCUCUAUGCUGAGAUGAUGACUGGAGAGCCACUCUUCCCGGGUGAGAGUGAUGUUGACCAGCUGUUUCAGAUUGUCAGAGUCCUGGGGAAAGUCAACGCCAGGCAUCAGGUCUUGAUAACGAGAAACACAAUAUUCAAGGGCAUGAAGCAAGAGCAGGACACAAAUCUCAACUCAAUCUUCCCGGAAUGGAAUAGAGACAGUCUAAAUUUUCUAGAACAGUGCCUUCAGAUGGACACAAUGUCACGUCCGGACACGAGAAAACUUCUCAAACAUGAUCUCUUUACGAAAGAUGACUUUCUGGAUCAAUUCCUGCCGGAACUCAAGGUGAAACUCAGUCAAGAGGCUCAACUCAAUCCACUACUCAAGCGAAUCCAAAGUGUGGGGAAUUCGGGAAAGAAAACCAUUCCAAUUGACGAAGCAAAGACUCAACAAUCCGAUCGAACAACGAGGGAGAAUAAGAUGAUGCCGAAUGCGACAAAGGAGCGAAUCGGACAAAUAGGUCUGUCCUUCCUCACCACCAGUCAAAUACUGGGAACAACGCCCAACAAGAUAUCAGUGGACGUGCCACCGAUGAAGUCUGAUGAGAACAACUUUGCAUCCCUGAAUUCGUACAAGAACUACUUCAGCAAUCAGCAUUACAAGCUUCUGUCGCAACUCAAGUCUAACAGCAUAAACACCAACAACUUGGGAAAGGAUGUUCUGGGAUCGAAAGACAGAGUUUUGUCGGCGCACAAGGAUAAGAUAAACAUGCAAAAUUUGGAUGCAAACAUUCAUCCAGGAUCACCGGUUCAGUUCCAGUCAUUGCAAAUGGAGAAUUUACAAACUGAUGCUAAUCUUGGCAAGAAAGAGCGUGGAACGUAUGGAAUAGUUAGUCAUGGAGAUGAGAAACCCGCCAAUCAAACUCUUCCCAUGGAUAUCAACAGUCUGGCCAUUUCCGGCAGCAUUCCGCAGUAUUUCUCCAACAAGAGGCACUCAAAUCUCAUGAGUACCUUCCAAUGCAACCAGAAAACCACCACAAAUCCUAUUAUGGCAAAGCAGAGUCCCAUUCCCAUUCAACUGACUGUUAACCGACCGAAUCUUGUGAAGAGAGACCGGGGAAUUCUGUUGGAUGCAGUUUCAAACUCGCUUGGUAUCGGUCAGGAUCCACUCAAGACCGACACGAGUCCCAGGAUUCUCCUGGGACCACCCUGGCUGACUGGCAAGGACUCCAAGAUCACGGCGCAGAUCGGGAAGAAAGGCGGCGGACUGACGGACUGGAAAAGUAUAAGUCACAGCAACAAGUUGCAAGUGUCGGGAUCGCACAUUCUGGACUACAACUCGAGUACUAGCAAUCCUGGGAACGAUCUUGUGUUGCCCAAUUGUCCAGGAGCCUCGACGAGUCCUUACAAGGGCACGAAGAAGAAGCUGACGCCAAUGACGGGGAUCCAGAUUCCAGGAGAAAACACAAUAUUUCCAACGCCGCGAAAUUUUUCUCCAUCCUCGGAUCAAAAAAAUAACACUUGAGAAUAGGCAAAAACCCGUAAAGAAUAGAAUUACCUCUCUACCAACUGUAAAUUGAAUACUGCGCAAAGUUAAUAGCCUAUAAUGUUAAAUAAACUUUUUUCAA